AUGUAUAAACCGGAACCACUCACACGUCGCGGUAGUCUAAGAUCCCUACGCAGCGCACCACUACUUAGCACCGUUUUAGAGAGCACACUCUCAUUAACACGCAUCCAUCCGAUAACCUCUCUGGAAUUGCCAGGACUGGAUUAUGCCAUUGAGACUCAGAGUGCUAUAGCUGUACACCAUCGUGAAUUGGGCACAUCCUUGCGUAGUGGUCUCGCAAACGUUGGACAGCCGCUGAGUCGCUCGGGACGAAGCGCUUCGAUACGCCAACUAGGAGAAUACAAGCCGUAAGCAAGCAUUCGUCGGGGCCGAGAAUUGAUCCUUCAGCCGCUCCGGAUAUUAUCACGUAAACUCAAGCCCCAUAUAGUUGCCGACACUGUCAAACAGUAUAUCAGUCGGGCGCAGCGCACUACCAAGGGUUCGAGAGAGCAGCAGCCUAACAUGGAGUUUUUACGUGGUGUUUAUGCGUUUAUGCAAGUGAGUAGAUCAUCGGUGUCUCAUGUCAAAAUCGAUUCACCUGUUUUUCGCCUACACACAAAUGCAACUGUUAUUUUAUUAAUAACAUUCUCGAUCGCUGUUACGACGCGGCAGUACGUAGGAAAUCCCAUAGACUGUGUACAUACAAGAGACAUUCCCGAAGAUGUCCUCAAUACAUAUUGUUGGAUACAUUCGACAUAUACAGUGGUGGAUGCUUUCAUGAAGAAGCAAGGCUCCGAGGUGCCUUUUCCUGGAGUUCAUAAUUCACAGGGACGUGGACCUCUCACAAUAAAGCAUACAAAAUAUUAUCAAUGGGUGGCGUUUACGCUAUUUUUUCAGGCGAUUUUAUUUUAUACUCCAAGAUGGCUGUGGAAAUCUUGGGAAGGUGGCAAAAUUCAUGCACUUAUCAUGGACUUAGAUAUAGGAAUUUGUUCCGAAGCCGAGAAAAAACAAAAAAAGAAAUUACUUUUAGAUUACUUAUGGGAAAAUCUAAGGUAUCACAAUUGGUGGGCUUACAGAUACUACGUGUGCGAAUUAUUGGCACUGAUAAAUGUGAUAGGUCAAAUGUUUCUUAUGAAUCGAUUUUUCGAUGGCGAAUUUUUGCAAUUUGGCUGGAAAGUUAUAAAAUAUAUGGAGGAUGAUCAAGAAGAUCGUAUGGAUCCCAUGAUCUACAUUUUUCCCAGAAUGACCAAAUGUACAUUUUUUAAAUACGGUUCUAGUGGGGAGGUGGAGAAACACGACGCCAUUUGCAUAUUGCCAUUAAAUGUUGUUAAUGAGAAAAUUUAUAUUUUCCUUUGGUUUUGGUUUAUACUUUUAACGUUUCUAACACUAUUAACGUUAAUAUACAGGGUGGUAAUUAUAUUUUCACCACGUAUGAGGGUGUACUUGUUUCGUAUGCGAUUUAGGUUAGUGCGUCGAGACGCUAUUGAAAUAAUCGUUCGUCGUUCGAAGAUGGGCGAUUGGUUUUUAUUAUACUUAUUAGGUGAAAAUAUAGAUACAGUUAUAUUUCGUGAUGUUGUACAGGAUUUAGCCAAUCGUUUAGGACAUAACCAACACCACAGGGUGCCUGGCCUGAAAGGUGAAAUACAGGAUGCAUGAUAUUGGGAGUAUUAGAAACAAUACAAAAUGCAAUUUGUCGUCUCAAUGUAACCAUCACCACAACAACAAUAACAACACCAAAAUCGCUUUAGCAACAGCAGCAGCACCGGCUUCAAACAAAACAAAAAUCUCACCAAUGCAAUAAUAACAAAAAAAAACAAUGGAAAAAUUUCAAAAAAAAGCGAAAACACAUUUAGGCCAUUGAUAUCACACAGCAUAUAGAAUAAUCCGCCACAAACACGCUCAUCUUUUCCAAAACAAUAAAAAAAACAAAAAGCAAAAUAA